GUUGGGCGGUUGUCUGGUUGUUCCAUGGCAGCUCCCGGUGGACUGCCUGUCUCCUCCAAAGUGGGUCAGGCCGUGUCUGUCCCCAGGGACUUUGGGCUCUGGCCACUCGAGGGUAGGGAUGCAGGAUGCAGACAAGGCUAGCUGAAGAAAGGGGGAUUUAGGUGCAGGAGCAGGUGGAGAGUGGGGGGUCCUGGGAUGACCCUGCUUGUUUCUCCGCUUUUCAGCCCUCUGUGCUCCUGUUCAUCCAGACUGGGCAAACCUCUUACCGGGAUAGAAGCCUUCUCUGUGAGGGCAUGCCGGGCUGAGGAGGGAACUGAAAGAGUCACUUCUUGGCGUCCUUCCUCUCUGAGAAUUCAGGUGCCGCAGCUUUCCCGGCCCCGAAGCUGCCAUGGCCGACACGCUGGAGUUCAAUGAGAUAUACCAGGAGGUCAAGGGAUCCAUGAAUGAUGGUCGUCUGCGUCUGAGCCGCCAGGGCGUGAUCUUCAAGAACAGCAAGACAGGGAAGGUGGACAACAUCCAGGCGUCGGAGCUGGCAGAGGGCGUGUGGCGACGCGUGGCACUUGGUCAUGGCCUCAAGCUGCUCACCAAGAACGGUCACGUCUACAAAUACGAUGGUUUCCGGGAAUCGGAGUUUGACAAGCUUUCAGAUUUCUUCAAGGCCCACUACCGCCUGGAACUGGCGGAGAAGGACCUGUGCGUGAAGGGUUGGAACUGGGGGACGGUGAGGUUUGGAGGACAGCUUCUCUCCUUUGACAUUGGGGAGCAGCCAGUGUUUGAGAUCCCCCUCAGCAACGUGUCUCAGUGCACAACAGGCAAGAACGAGGUGACGCUGGAGUUCCAUCAGAACGAUGAUGCUGAGGUCUCGCUCAUGGAGGUUCGCUUCUAUGUGCCCCCUACCCAGGAGGAUGGUGUUGACCCUGUGGAGGCCUUUGCUCAGAACGUCCUCUCCAAGGCGGAUGUGAUCCAGGCCACUGGGGAUGCCAUCUGCAUCUUCCGAGAACUUCAGUGUUUGACGCCUCGCGGGCGAUACGACAUCCGUAUCUAUCCCACCUUCUUGCAUCUCCAUGGCAAGACCUUUGACUACAAGAUCCCCUAUACUACUGUGUUGCGCCUCUUCCUGCUCCCACACAAGGAUCAGCGGCAGAUGUUCUUCGUGAUCAGCCUGGAUCCCCCCAUAAAGCAAGGCCAGACCCGCUACCACUUCCUGAUCCUGCUCUUCUCCAAGGAUGAAGAUAUCUCACUGACUCUCAACAUGAACGAGGAGGAGGUGGAGAAACGCUUUGAGGGACGGCUCACCAAGAACAUGUCGGGCUCCCUUUAUGAGAUGGUCAGCCGUGUCAUGAAGGCGCUGGUGAAUCGCAAGAUCACUGUUCCCGGCAACUUCCAGGGACACUCUGGGGCCCAGUGUAUCACCUGCUCCUACAAGGCCAGCUCGGGGCUUCUCUACCCACUGGAGCGUGGCUUCAUCUAUGUGCACAAGCCACCCGUUCACAUUCGCUUCGAUGAGAUCUCCUUCGUCAACUUUGCCCGUGGGACCACCACCACCCGCUCCUUUGACUUUGAGAUUGAGACCAAGCAGGGCACACAGUACACCUUCAGCAGCAUAGAGAGGGAGGAAUAUGGGAAGCUCUUUGACUUCGUCAAUGCCAAGAAGCUGAACAUCAAGAACCGAGGCCUCAAGGAGGGUAUGAAGCAGAGCUAUGAUGAAUAUGCUGACUCAGAUGAGGACCAGCACGAUGCCUACUUGGAGAGGAUGAAAGAGGAGGGCAAGAUCCGGGAAGAGAACGCUAACGACAGCAGUGACGGGUCUGGGGAGGAGACUGAUGAGUCUUUUAACCCUGGAGAAGAAGAUGAUGAUGUGGCUGAAGAAUUUGACAGCAAUGCCUCAGCUAGUUCUUCCAGUGGUGAUGGUGACAGUGAUCGGGAUGAGAAGAAGCCAGCCAAGAAGGCCAAGAUUGUCAAAGACCGCAAGCCCCGCAAGAAGCAGUUGGAGAGCAAGAAAGGGAAAGACCCCAAUGCUCCUAAGAGGCCGAUGUCAGCUUACAUGCUCUGGCUGAACGCCAGCCGUGAGAAGAUCAAGUCAGAGCACCCUGGCAUCAGCAUCACAGACUUGUCUAAGAAGGCCGGGGAGCUCUGGAAAGCCAUGUCCAAGGAGAAGAAAGAGGAAUGGGAUCGUAAGGCAGAAGAUGCCAGGAGGGACUAUGAGAAGGCCAUGAAGGAGUACAGUGUGGGCAGCAAAUCAGAGAGCUCCAAGACAGAAAGGUCUAAAAAGAAGAAAAAGAAGCAGGAGAAGCAGAUGAAGGGGAAAGUGGAGAAGAAAGCUGCAGCCUCCAAGUCUUUGUCCUCCACCAAAUCCCCUGCCAAGAAUUUGAGUGAGAGCUUCAAGAGCAAGGAGUUUGUCUCCAGUGAUGAGAGCUCCUCUGGAGAGAGCAAGAAGGAGGACUCAGAGGAGGAGGGAGUUGGCAGCCUGCCCCCCAGCUCAGAAGAUUCUGCGUCUGGCUCGGAUUAGCCCUAUCCCUGCCAUUUCCAGGCUGGUUCCCAGGUCAGCGAGAGGACUGGAGUGGGCCGGCCUGUGUCGGGGGCCUGGAUCUUGGGCUACAGCCGGCUCUGAACCCACAUUGCCACGACUUUGCGUCCUCCUGCCCAUACUGCUGGGGGCAGGGAGACACGAGCCAGGGUAGGCAAACCCUCUCCCCUCAGUGCCUGGUUGGGGGAGCGAGACCUCAUGGAGGGAGGCCAGGAGGGGCCUCAGUCUCACCUCAGCCCUGUUUCUCAUCAAUUUAUUUUUUUUAAAUA